AUGGAAUAUCGAGGAUAUGAUUCCGCCGGUAUCGCAAUCGACGGUGGUAACGAGCCAUGCGCUCCUCACGAACAGAUUGUGUUAUUGAGAAAAGCUGGAAAGGUCUCCGUUCUGGCAGAUUCCAUCAAAGAAUCGUCGAAAACACUGGAUAUGAACAUGAAGUACAGUAUCCAUUGCGGUAUUGCACAUACUCGUUGGGCCACACAUGGAUCGCCAAAAGACGUGAACAGCCAUCCACAGAGAAGUAACGACAAAACGGUUCAAUUCAUGGUCGUUCACAAUGGUAUCAUAACUAACUAUAGAGAGAUUAAAGAAUACUUGAAGAGAAAAGGACACAAAUUUGAGUCUGAAACUGACACUGAAGUUAUCGCCAAGCUCACACAACACAUUCACGAUCUCUUUCCAAACUUUUCGUUCCGCCAGCUGGUCGAAGUUGUCAUCCAACAACUGGAAGGAGCUUUCGCGUUGGCAUUCAAAUCAUCACGAUUCCCUGGUCAACUGGUGGCUACGCGACGUGGCUCACCCCUGCUUGUUGGCAUAAAGAGCAACAGUCCACUUCAGACGAAUCACUUCCCAGUUUCCUACAGUAAAGAUCGCCUUUGGGCAUGGAAACAUGAGCAUACGACAAUAGAAGACGGUAAAGAAUGUUUUGUUGAAAAACGUCGACUAAUAGCCAUUUCAUGA